AUGCGGGAUGAGUCUGACACGGCGAUUUUUAUUGAGUUUCUCGAACUUUUAUAUCAGUUGUGUCUCACCAUCAGCACUGAAAGUUUCGCCGAAGGCCAACCGAGCUCUACCCUGCUUGUGUUCUUCAGUGGAAUCCUUGGUUUCUCCCAAGACUGCAAGCAGUUUUUACUCGCAAGGCAGUUUUGUCCAUACUUAUCUGGUCUCAUUUACAUUCAACGUCUAUUAUUGAUGGAAUGCGCCCUGCCGUUACGAGAGUAUCACAGUGUUGGGAUUCCACGACGUCUACAUGUGGACCAACUCGACCAGUUGAAUUCAAUUCGAGAAAAGUAUAUGAUAGCAGGCACGCAAUAUUCAUUUGCUGAAAUGGUCAGUCUAAGAGACUUUGGCCGUAAUAUCGCGCAUACCGAACCACCAUCCCUCCUAUUCAGCUGGAGUGACGAUGGAGAAACAAUACGCUGUGGUGACUUCCAAUUAACGAUGGACAAAUUCCGUCAGGUCCCAGAUUAUUUUAUUUCGCAGGCGGAAGAGAUUUGUGACAAGCUAAUGUUUGACCUCAAGCCUGAAAUCGACCUAACAACGAUAAAGGAUGACAUGGCUAAUUCAUCAAGCGGAUAUUCGUUUGUGAAACACCCUGCAAAUGACCUUGAUAAAGCGUACUUGGACCUGCUUUAUUCAGCAUAUGCUUCUCGGGAAAGCAAACUCAGUAAAUACGGCCGCUGGAGAUGGAAAUCCAUGGACUCAUACCUGAAGCAAGUUACGAAGUUGGACGAGAUGCUCGCUGGGGGUCUAUACACAGCAUGUGGUCAAACUCCGCGAGCGCGCGACCUUUUCACCCUAGCAUGCGAAAGCGGCCCUUCUACUAGUUGCAGCAUCUCUAUCUGGAAUGGAUUAAUGGGUUAUGUACUGCGGCAUCACAAAGCUAAGCGACAAAUGGGCCGAGAGUUUUACGUGGUCCGCUUUCUACCAUCACGGCUGGCGCAUGUUAUGUAUAAAUAUCUUGUUUAUAUCCGACGCUUUGCAGCCCUCUUGAGACGAGAACAACAGAUUCAGGCAUAUCCAUACCAUUACGAACGGCUACUGUUCCAUAGUGGCGGAAAGCCAUGGUGCACUUCUCGUCUUACAUCGAUACUCAAGCAGGCCACUUUGGGUAUUUGGCAACGCGAGGUUAACAUUCGAAUCUUCCGACAGAUGGCCAUCAGCAUUACGGAGAAGCACGUCAGAGAGGUGCAUUCACCGCUCAAUAUCUAUGACGAUACUACCGCAGACGCUGACCUGAAUGCCGUAUUCGCCUGGCAAAGCGGACACCGUCCCUUACAGCGAGGGAUCACCUAUGGACUCGAUGGGGCGUUUCCAAAUCGGCUUCAGCCAGCGCUUCUUCGCUCUUAUGAGUGGGCAUCGACUCGUUGGCAUGAAUUUAUUCAUCAGCCCAGCAGAGUGUUAUCUGCACCACGCGGACGAACUACUUCGCCUUCCAAUCCACCGUUAAGCAUUGCUACGCUGAAAAGAAGUGUUGCGUGUAUGAUACAAAGUGAUGAGUCACCUGGAUAUCGCCCUAUGUCGGCUAAAAAAAGGAAAAAGUCAGAUACGGUGGGGGCAUUAAAGAACGCAAGCCGAGCGACUAAUUCGGAUCAAAGAAGUAAAGAGACGAACUGCGGGCCAAGCAUUAUUUCUGUGAAUUCUCAAUUCACACCUCACGACAGUCGGAUCAUGCGCGAUAACCCUCACUUCACAUACGAGGAAGAGUACAGGCUUCUUGGUUGCCGCUCAUGUGCAACAAUGGUCACUCGUCAGCGGAUCAAAGAUCAUCUUCGAAGUCGUCCCCACCAUUUGAACAGCAGUGAGAUCAAGAAGGUACAGGAGUGGGCAUCUCAGCUGGAACUCAUCAACGGUAACCGAGAGAUUAGUGAAUUGCCGUUACUUCCUGAUGAUACGCCAGCAAUUGACGUGUUAGGGCCGCCUAAAACCGGAGGGUUCCGAUGUACAUUCAUAGUGGAGAACGAAGAGGGAAAGUCGAUGUGUAGGUUCGUAGGCUCCGAUACAAGGAGAAUACGGGAACACUCAAAGCAUGAACAUGGAUGGGAUCUCGGGCUAAAACCUGGUAAAGCGCCAGCGGCAACUAAUAAUGGGCAUGAUGAAAGGCCAUGGAGGGGAGGUGUUUUAUAUCAGCGAAUCCAGGCACAUCUUCGCGGUAGACCACAUGGACUUGUGAAGAGGGAGAUUGAUAAAGUCAAGUCAUGGGCCGAAGCACUCGACCUUAUUGAAAGCGACGAGGAGAUAUUGGCUCUGCCGCCCAUUCCGGACACUAGUCGACCAAUCGAAGGACUUGGCAAGCCUAAAAGCGGAGGGUUUCGAUGCACCUUCACUACAGAAUGCCGGACUGUGAGUGCAAACUCAAGACGAAGAAAUGAACACCUCGGGAAAGUGCAUGGCGUUGAGCUAGACCUGAAGCCUGGUCCCCGGAAGGCCAGUGCUGUUGAAACAGAUGCAGACUCGCCUUACUGGAGAGGUGGUGUGUUCUAUCAGCAGCUCUUUGCCAAGGGUCCACGCAGCGAAUACUUUGAGGUCGCAAGAGGUCAUGAUCUAGAAAGUCUAGAUGCUGAGCAGGCAAGGGCAGAGUUUGCCGUUCAACAGGCCACACAAGCCUUUCAGGCAAAGUCCAAAGAGGCCCGAAAGAAAGAGAUGGAGGUCAUCGAAGAGAUGGGUGACUUGGCAGCACCCAACUCAUGGCUUCGUCGACUAGGAUCAACAGCCCACUUGAAAGAUUUCAGCGAUAAGAAACAAUUCCUGAGGGACCUCAUCUCGUUGAAGUAUGUUCUGAAGCCAGAUGACCCCAAGGAUGAUUCCGAGCUCCGACAUAUACACGCCGCCGUCAGACGUCUGAUUCGAAAAGCUUCUGGUGUGGCCAGGCCUGGUGCAGUCUCCUGGAACGUGUUGUUUGAGGUCAACCGGAAAGAACUGCAUAAAGAGCGCAGCACGCCCUUUCACUUCCGGUUCAAGCGCCAGACUCGGAAAAAGUACAUCGCCCUUACCGAGGGCCAAACCACUGCUUUCGACAUGAUGAUGGACUAUGCUGCGGAACUCAUCGAUAUCGAGAACAAGGUUGAGCCUAUGCCGGCAUCGUCGCGGAUCAACGAGUUACACGAACUCCUCGAGAAUGCCGCACUCGUCUUCUACAUCUCUGUUCUCGACCACUUCACCAAGGCGACCGAGUACGAUAGUAUACUCGUUAGCUUCUUGACCGUGCUAAGUAUUCGAGAUGAUAAGACUUGGGAGAAUUAUGCAAACUUUACCCCUAAACUCUCGGCUAUUAUGGCCAUCUCUCGGGUAUUUCUCGUGAAGUAUACGGUUGAUAAGAGGGCUUUGUAUAUUCAGCAGAGGGUAGAGCAAGGACAGACCAGACAAGAAGCUGAGGAGAAGAGCCCAGGGCACUUCGAAAUCAUGUCUGAGAUGACACGCCGGUUUCUAGUUGGUGGCGCUGAGGGUUGGGAUACCACGCCAACGCAAUUCAUCAUUCGGCUUCGCAAUUACGGCAUGGCAGCUAGCGGCCAACAGGCAAUGACAGGCUCC